AUGUCUACUACAGGAUACUCAUUCGCUAAAUCAUCCACAAAAUCAGAUUUCAACUCGCAGCUGAAAAACACAGCCACGGCGUUAGUUGAGCAUGGAAAGGGAAUUUAUGCUACUGAUGAGACCACUGAGGCUAUAUCUGCAAGGCUAGCUGCUGCUGAGGGUCCCAACAGCAAGCAGUACAAUCCCGAUGAAGAGAAACAGAGACGCUACGAAUGGCGCAAAUGCCUCUACGAGUCUCUACCCACCGACCACAUCUCAGGCUGCAUCCUCUACCAAGAAACCCUUGUCGAUUUCAAUCUCGCCAAUGUCUUGUCUCAGCGAGGUAUCGUGCCCGGCGUGAGAAUCGACACUGAUGGCCAGCCACUGCCAGGCGCCGGUGACGGUGAGGUGUUCACGCAAGGCUUAGACGAUCUCACCGCUCGCUGUGAGCUCUUCAAGAAACACGGCGCAAGAUUCACCAAAUGGAGAGCACCAAUCCUCGUCAACUCAUCCACUCUGCCUUCUCAACUUGCCAUAGAUGCUCAAGCGACUUCUUUGGCUAGAAUGGCUGCCGUCAGUCAAGCCGUCGGUCUCGUUCCAGUCGUCGAACCUGAUCUUGAUUUCUCUGGUGACGCAACCCUCGAACGCUCACUCGAAGUGCACAUCAAGGUCAUUGCAAACAUAUACGAGAAACUAGCUGCUCAUGGGGUUUACUUGGAAGGCACCCUGCUCAAACCUUCCUUUGUUCAGCCAGGUUCACUAAACAGCGAACGCAAGAAUCUCACCGCAGACUCUGUAGGCAAAGCUACUGCCCUGGCUCUCUCUCGUUCUGUCCCCGUGGCAAUGCCCGGUGUUGUUUUCCUCUCUGGCGGCUUAUCGGAUGGCGACAGCGUGGCUUUCCUCAGCGCUGUCAACAAGUAUGCAAAGAAAGAAAACAUCAGACUCCCGCCCCUCACUUUCAGCUUUGGAAGGGGUCUGCAAGGUGACGCGAUGGAGAAGUGGACAAGAAAAGACUUCAAGGGUGCACAAGAAGCAUUCAACAAACGCGCUCAAGAAUGCUCCAGAGCUUCACUUGGCCAAAUUUGA